AUGAUGAGAACAUGUCUCAUAAGCGGAGUGGCGCGGGCGGCGGCCGACAGUUGCUGCGCGACCGCCGCCGCGCUACUUACACGACUACCGAAGAUUCACCGGUCUUUAAAACACCACCAACUAAUAUCAAAAUCAUCAAAUAAAAUGGCGUAUUCCUGGGAUAAUAGAGUUGCAUUUGUUGUGAGAUACCUUUAUGAUAUCGACAACAAUGGCUACUUGGAUGCACACGAUUUCGUAUGCCUGGCACUGCGCACAUGCGUGUUGGAGGGCAAAGGCGACUGCAGCGCGGGUCGCCUACAGAAAUACCAGCAUGUGAUGCUGAGUCUGUGGGAGGAGAUCGCGCAACUCGCGGACUUCGACAAGGUGCCAGAUUAUGAUGGUAUGAUAACGGUCGACGAGUUCAAACAAGCCGUGAAAAACAGCUGUGUCGGUCGUAGAUAUGAGGACUUUCCUCAGGCAAUGAAAGCGUUCAUUGAGACUAACUUUAGGAUGAUAGACAUUAACGCUGACGGUGUGAUCGCCAUAGAAGAGUACAGAUAUGAUUGUGUACAGCGAAUGGUUUUAGAAGACAUCAAAGAAAUAGAUGAAGCCUACUAUUCUCUACUUAACGACGACGACAGGAGGAAAGGUGGUUUGACAUUGUCGAGAUAUCAAGAACUUUUUGCCCAAUUCCUAGGUGACGAAAGCGAAGACGUCCAAGCGAAACAUUUAUUUGGACCUUUAGAAGCAUAA